UUUGUGUUAUACUCUAAACAUUUUCCUUAUCUUAUCCUCUCCACCAUCUUUGAGGCUCUUGUAGAAACUUCAGGAGAUGGCUGGCAUAGCAUUUGGACGGUUUGAUGAUUCUUUCAGUUUUGGCUCCAUCAAAGCCUAUAUUGCUGAGUUCAUCUCAACCUUGAUCUUUGUUUUUGCUGGUGUUGGCUCAGCCAUAGCCUAUGGCAAAUUGACAUCAGAUGCAGCUCUUGACCCUGCUGGGUUGGUGGCUGUUGCUAUUUGCCAUGCUUUUGCUCUUUUUGUUGCUGUUUCUGUUGGAGCCAACAUUUCUGGUGGCCAUGUCAACCCAGCUGUGACAUUUGGGUUGGCUCUUGGUGGCCAGAUCACACUCCUCACUGGUCUCUUCUACUGGAUUGCACAGCUUCUUGGCUCCAUAGUUGCAUGCUUUCUCCUCAAGUUUGUCACAGGAGGCUUGACUUUGCCAAUCCACAGUGUUGCUGCUGGAGCUGGUGAAGGAGUUGUUACAGAAAUCAUCAUCACCUUUGGAUUGGUGUACACUGUGUAUGCCACUGCAGCUGACCCCAAGAAGGGAUCAUUGGGCACAAUUGCACCCAUUGCAAUUGGUUUCAUUGUUGGUGCCAACAUCUUAGCUGCAGGGCCAUUCUCUGGUGGGUCAAUGAACCCAGCACGCUCCUUUGGCCCUGCAGUUGUCAGUGGUGACUUCCAUGACAACUGGAUCUACUGGGUUGGACCUCUCAUUGGUGGUGGCUUGGCUGGUGUUAUCUACACCUAUGUGUUCUUCCCCUCCCAGCAUGCACCUCUGGCCAGUGAUUUUUGAUUUCAUUUAGAUUGUUGGCCUUUGUAAUUCAUGUUCCUUUGUAAUAAAGGAAGAAAAGCAACUUUUGCAGAUUUUUCUUUCUUUCAUUUUCUCCCCUUUGUCCUUUUGCUUAUGAUGUAAAGCAUUUGAGUCAUUGUUUUCCAGUAAGAAUCCAGGAGGUUGCCAAUGUAAUGCUUUUUCAAGGGAAAAAAAGAACACUCAAGUUUA